UCUUUCUUUUCAACAAUGGCGUCAACGCCGCCUCACUGGUCGGUUUUCACCACCAACAACCAUCGUCAGACCCGUCAAAAACCCAACUACAACAUUCGUCCAUGGCUUCCGCAGCGUGUCUCUUCCUCUCCUCGUGGCGGUCCCGCCGUUACCUCAGCUCCUCCGUCUUCAUCUCCCGCCGUUUCCGUCGCCACUGUUUCUUCCGGUCGACUAUCUCUGUUUCCUGCUUUUCCUCCUCUGCAAACUCCGGAAUCGGGUCUCUCCUCGGACUUCUCGGGUCGUCGAUCGACCCGGUUCGUCUCCAAGAAGCAUUUCGGGCGACCUAAGACUACAAUGGCCACUCGACACAGCUCUGCUGCGGAAGAUGUUCUCCAGAGUGCUAUCGAUUUCUCAGGAGACGAUGAGAUGUUUCAGAGUCUAAUGUUGAGCUUCGAGUCUAAGCUUCGUGGCUCUGACGACUACACUUUUAUAAUCCGUGAGUUAGGGAAUCGAGGUGAGUGUGAUAAAGCACUUGGCUUUUACGAGUUUGCAGUUAAACGAGAGAGGAGGAAUAACGAGCAAGGGAAAUUAGCUAGUGCCAUGAUUAGUACACUUGGUAGAUUAGGCAAAGUAGACAUUGCUAAGAGUGUUUUCGAAACUGCUUUGGCUUGUGGGUAUGGAAACACGGUUUACGCCUUCUCUGCUCUCAUCAGCGCUUAUGGGAGAAGUGGUCUCCAUGAAGAAGCCAUUAGUGUCUUCAACUCCAUGAAAAGCUAUGGCUUGAGGCCGAAUUUGGUUACCUACAAUGCUGUGAUUGACGCGUGCGGUAAAGGAGGGAUGGAGUUUAAGCGAGUGGCUGAGUUUUUCGAUGAGAUGCAGAGGAACGGUGUGCAGCCUGAUAGAAUAACUUUCAACUCUUUGCUUGCUGUUUGUAGUAGAGGAGGGUUAUGGGAAGCAGCAAGGAAUCUUUUUGAUGAGAUGUUGAACAGAAGGAUUGAGUUAGAUGUGUUUUCUUACAAUACGCUUUUGGAUGCAAUAUGCAAAGGAGUUUAGAUGGAUCUUGCUUUUGAUAUCCUUUCUCAGAUGCCGGCAAAGAGAAUCAUGCCUAAUGUUGUAAGUUAUAGCACUGUCAUUGAUGGGUUUGCAAAGGCCGGGAGAUUCGAUGAAGCUCUUAGCUUGUUUGAUGAGAUGAGGUAUCUCGGUAUUGCGUUGGAUAGAGUUUCUUACAACACAUUGGUUUCUAUUUAUACUAAAGUUGGCAGAUCUGAAGAAGCUUUGGAUGUUUUUAGAGAAAUGGCAUCGGUUGGGAUUAAGAAGGAUGUUGUGACUUAUAAUGCUCUUCUUGGAGGGUAUGGGAAACAAGGGAAAUAUGUUGAAGUGAAGAACGUUUUCGCUGAGAUGAAAAAAGAGCAUGUCCUGCCUAAUUUACUGACUUAUUCAACAUUGAUCGAUGUGUACUCCAAAGGGGGUUUGUACAAAGAGGCUAUGGAGAUAUUUAGGGAGUUUAAAAGCGUUGGUUUAAGAGCUGAUGUUGUGUUGUACAGUGCAUUGAUUGAUGCUUUGUGCAAGAACGGGUUGGUGGGUUCUGCUGUUUCUUUGAUCGAUGAGAUGACAAAGGAAGGAAUUAGGCCUAACGUUGUAACUUACAAUUCAAUAAUCGACGCCUUUGGUCGUUCUGCAACUAUGGAGUCGUUAGCUGAAUCUAGAGAUGGUGGAGCUAGUAACUUGGAAGUUGGAACUUCCUCUUUUCCUCCUUCUUCAAGUAAAUUGAGUAGAACAGAAGAUAAUCGGGUAAUACAGAUAUUUGGGCAGUUAACCACUGAGAAUACGAACAGGAUGAAGAAAGAUUGUAAGGUGGGUAUGCAUGAGAUCUCCUGUAUACUGGAAGUUAUCCGCAAAAUGCAUCAGCUGGAAAUAAAACCAAAUGUUGUAACCUUUUCAGCGAUUCUGAACGCUUGCAGUCGGUGCAACUCAUUUGAAGAUGCAUCAAUGCUGCUAAAGGAGCUCAGGCUGUUUGAUAAUCAGUUAUAUGGUGUAGUUCAUGGACUUCUCAUGGGACAUAGAGAGGUCGUGUGGCUCCAAGCUCAGACCUUAUUUAACAAAGUCAAGGAAAUGGAUGGUUCAACUGUAUCUGCCUUCUACAAUGCUCUUACCGACAUGCUCUGGCACUUUGGUCAGAAACGAGGUGCACAACUGGUGGCACUUGAGGUAAGAUCUAGACAAGUUUGGGAGAAUGUGUGGUCUACUACGUGCUUGGACUUGCAUCUUAUGUCUUCUGGUGCUGCACGCGCAAUGGUUCAUGCUUGGUUGCUAAACAUACGCUCCAUUGUCUAUGAAGGUCAUGAGUUACCUAAACUCAUGAGCAUAUUGACUGGUUGGGGAAAACAUAGCAAAGUGGUUGGAGACGGAGCACUAAGGCCAGCCGUUGAAGCGCUUUUGAGGGGAAUGGACGCACCGUUCCACCUCUCAAAAUGCAACAUGGGACGCUUCACAUCAAGCGGUUCGGUCGUAGCAACUUGGCUGCGUGAAUCAGCCACACUCAAACUCUUAAUCCUCCAUGACCACAUAACCACCAAAGCUAACACAACAAUGAGAUCAACAGACCAAACCUCUCUCACUUUGCAGCCUCUUCUUUUGUAGCUCUACACUGUGAUGUUUAACAAUUUAUGACCACCACCAAGUCUACUCUUUUGUUCCCAAUAAUGUUGGGAUCUGUGCUAAUAUUUUGUAAGAAUUAAACGAAGUAACUAUGUGA